UCAUAAACUUGAGCUCAUUACAAAAUUAAAAUCAAGGCAAAGUUAUCUGAAUUUAGAUUGAAAUGAUUCCUUGUUCUGCUUACAAGAUUUUAAUUUCUUGAUCCUAAAAACUAAGUUAGAAUUAUUCAAACGCCGUUGUAGGCGAAAUUUCUCAGGCAGCUUCCCGGAUCUCAAGUCAUAAAGCAGCAGGUUGGAGUGUGUUUUUUUAUUGAAAUCUUCAAACAGUAGCAUAUUUUUCCUCCCUUUCCCACAUUACUUCACAGUCAAAUUUCUUGCAAACGCGUUGAUUAGGAAAACUGGGUCUUUGAAAUUUUGAUCAAGAACAAGUCUUUCGAGUUCCUAGUCUUCCCUUUGAGAUCAGUCUUCAUCUUUUUAAUGUCAAACCUCUGGUAAGCCAAAGACCAGAAACCCAUCUUCUCGUUUUCAGUCUUUUGCCAAUUCUUUCCGAUUUUUACCGUAAAUAUUUCAGUUUAAUUGACUUUCUCUAGCCGUAUAAAUCAGAAUAUGUUAAGGGGCUUCAUCAGAUGGUUUGCCUGUUGAAGUUCCUGCUGUUUUUCUUGGUUUUGAGGCUUUGAGUCCGAGAAACAGGUUGUUGUGUUUUUAUCCCAAUUUUCAAGAAUUGAGAUUGGUUCAGUUAAGAUGACUAGUGUUUUGAGGAGUAUUUUGCCUGUUUCAUCAGCAAAAAGUGAGGAUCAUGAUGAUGAUUAUAGUGUGGAGUACUCCUUUGCUAUGGAGUAUAGUGGCCCUCCAGUCAGUCAGGAUAUACCGCAGGUGGCUCCGGUGGAUGUUCGCCGGAUUCCAACUGCGGCGGUGGCUGCUAGGGGUGUGAUGUUGAGUAAUUUGAGUCUGCCAGUUGUUCAACCAAUAGUCAAAAAGAGUGAUCACCAGAACAAAAAAGUUUUAGAGGAGUUGAAAUCAUCAGGUUCUGAAGCUGCCCACCAUCAAGUCACGGAGGCGCAUGUUGGUAAAAUUGGGCUUUCCGGCAGGGUUUAUUCAAGAAAAUCCGGGAAUUGUUCUUACAGAAACGGUAAAUUAGCAAUAGAAGAGGGAGGAGAUGGUGAAUCGAAUGUGUUUGGUGGAGCUCAAAGUUCCAGUAGUUCUGGUACAAUGGGUUUCUCAGACGGCCAUGAUGAUUCGAACCACUUGUCAGAAAGCUCGGAUGUUGAGGAUUUGGAUGAUAAUCUGAAGGCCGGUGUGUCAUACGGUGAUUGUUCAAAUGCCACGACUUCCAAUUCAAAUGAAGACGUGGAAGAUUGUGCAGAUGAAGUUUCUGGUCAAGGCCACAGAGCUUCGGUGGUGACUUUCCGUGAUUUGCCGUCAAAUGAUUCCAUGUCAGAACAAACUGAUCAUGAUGGGCACGAGAUCAUACCAGAGAGGCGACUUGUUUUGGAUGAUGUUAAGAAAGGCUUGUGCAAUCGGUGUUGUAAGAAGAACCGGUUUGCAGGAAAGGAAGUUUGCAUUGUUUGCGGGGCUAAGUAUUGUAGCAAGUGUGUGAUCAAAGCAAUGGGGUCUAUGCCAGAAGGGCGAAAAUGCAUUGCUUGCAUAGGUUAUCGGAUUGAUGAAUCAAAGCGUGGAUCACUUGGGAAAUGUUCAAGAAUGCUGAAAAGACUGCUAGGAGACGAGGCAAUUAAGCAAAUCAUGAGCGCGGAGAUAUCGUGUGAAGUUAAUCAGCUGCCACCUCAUCUUAUCUUUGUAAAUGACAAGCCUUUGUCUAUUGAAGAGUUGGUUAUGUUGCAGAGUUGCCCGAAUCCUCCAAAGAAGCUUAGACCAGGGAAAUACUGGUAUGAUAAGGUGUCCGGAUUCUGGGGAAAGGAUGGCGAGCAGCCGUGUCAGAUUAUCAGUGCACAACUGGCAGUUGGUUAUCAAAUUAGGCAAGAUGCUAGCAACGGCAACACGAAUGUGAUGAUAAACAAUCGGGAGAUCACUAAAGCAGAGUUCUGGAUGUUGCAGGCUGCUGGAAUCCACUGCGAAGGAAAUCCUCAUUUUUGGGUCACUGCAGAUGGGUCCUACCAGCAUGAAGGCAUGAAUUAUGUGAUGGGCAAAUUAUGGGAGAAGAAAAGAGUCAGGAUAGUAUGUGCUGCUCUAUCUUUGCCGUUCCCUUCUGAUAUCACGAAUACUGGUGGUGAAGAUAUUGACAACAAUAGCAAUAAAGUAAACUCAAAGAACCAAGAACAGGACGCGAAGAAUAAACUUCUCCUAGUUGGUUGUGAUCAGUCUGGAACGAGUACUAUAUAUAAACAGGCAAGAAUUCUGUACAGUGUUCCUUUCUCGGAAGAUGAGAAGCAAAACAUCAAAACCGUAAUCCAAAGAAACUUAUACAGAUACAUUGCUAUUAUCCUUGAGGGGCGUGAGCAGUUUGAAGAAGAUCAUAUGAUUGAAAUGAGGAGACGAAAUGCUGAUGAGCCUGGUCCUUCAGGGAGUUCGGACCAGGUUGAUAAAAAGAAUGCUUAUUCAUUCAGUCCAAGGCUGGAAUCUUUCUCAAGUUUUCUGCUCCAACUCGUGAUGUCAGGCGAAUUGGAGGCCAUAUUCCCAGCUGCUACUAGAGAGUAUUCACCGAUGGUUGAGGAGUUGUGGAAAGAUAAAGCUUUCCAAGCCAUUUACAAACGGAGAAAUGAACUGCAUUUGCUGCCCAGAGUCGCUAAUUAUUUCUUAGAUCGAGCUGUUGAGAUUUCCCGGAUAGACUAUGAGCCAUCUGAAAUGGAUAUCUUGUACGCUGAAGGUAUUACUUCAUCCAAUGGGGUUGCAUCAGUGGAUUUUUCUUUUCCGAAGUCAUCUCAAGAUGGAUACAUGGAAUCUUCGGAUCAGAAUGAUCCGUCAAUAAGCUACCAGCUCAUUAGAGUUCACGUGAGCAGCCUUGGAGAACACUGCAAAUGGUUGGAAAUGUUUGAAGAUGUCGAUCUUGUCACCUAUUCUGUUUCCUUGACAGAUUAUGAUGAAUAUUAUGAAGACAUCAAUGGAAUACGCACAAACAAGAUGUUGGCAGCCAAGAAACUCUUUGAGAGCAUUGUCACUCAUCCUACACUUGCUGAGAAACAUUUCCUUCUUAUCCUCAACAAGUUUGACCUUCUUGAGGAUAAGAUUGAACGAGUUCCUCUAACACAGUGUGACUGGUUCCAUGAUUUUAAUCCUGUGAUCAGCCUUCACCCACACAGUGCCACUAGCAGCAACAACCCGCCUUUGGCUCAACGUGCUUUCCAUUACAUUGCCGUGCAGUUCAAAAGGCUGUUUCAUUCACUAACAGAGCGAAAGUUGUUUGUAUCACGGGUUACAGGAUUGGAGGCUGAUAGCGUUGACAAAGCUCUUAGAUACAGUAAGGAGAUUCUGAAGUGGAGCGAGGAGAGAAAUACUGUCAGUUUGAAUGAAUGGUCCACCGAGAGCAUGGAGCCUAGCACAUCGGCAUAGAGCUCCUCACGUGGAAAUUAAUUCUAUUUUAACGUCUGUUGUUAUCUUAAUGUAAUCUGAUAAGUCAGAUGUAUAUAUAUAUUCAAGUUUUUGUCGAAUAAUAUGAUGAUGGCAUCAGAUUAGGCCUUUGUCGAUUAUGUCAAAUGAAGUUGUAAAUGUCUAUCUGUGGAGAUACAAGAACUAUGCAUCUCCAUUGAGAUCAUGAAAAAUUCUUUCGUUCAAUCACAUUGGCUAUUUUUUCUCCCUGUGAAAUAUUACCACCAUUACUUGAGAGCUCUACGGUGCUAUCAACUUGGAAAGCAAAGCUUCAAUAUAUACUACAUACAUCUAGACAACAUUCUUAAACAAAGAAAAAUACUGACAAAUUUUCAUCUACCGGCCCUCAGAAGAACUGCUCUUCCAUUGACAUUCUCCAGUUUCUUGAAUUCAGCAGGGCGCAAACCGGUCCAUAAGCAAUGAAACAGUGGCUUCUGACAUAGUCUCCUCACUUCUGGCC